AAGGGGCGGGCAUUUUGAAGUGAGCGAGGAAAAAUGGCGACCAUCGCGAUGAAGUUGAACGGGACUGUUCACACAACUGUAACGAAUUUACCGUACACUCUGGCAAACAAAAUUAGAUUAUAUGCAUUGUUAGUAUUAAUACUCGCUUUUACGAGUUGUAGCUCAGGUGAAAACACAUAUGAAGAUACUACUUACGAAUUUCUCAAGCGAGAGUAUUCGCUGAGUAAGCCAUACCAAGGACUGGGCUCCUCCAGCUCCUCACACUGGGAGUUCAUGGGAAACACCAUGAUCAUGCCUGAACACAUACGGCUAACACCAGACUUGCAGAGCAGACAAGGAGCUGUAUGGAGUCGUAUUCCCUGUUACCUCAGGGACUGGGAGCUUCGACUACAGUUUAAGAUCCAUGGCGAGGGCAAGAAGAACCUGAAUGGAGACGGCCUUGCAAUAUGGCUGACCAAAGAGCGAAUGCAAAAUGGUCAAGUGUUUGGAAACACAAACUUUUUUACAGGUCUGGGUAUUUUUAUAGACACCUAUCCCAAUGAUGAUAAGCAGCAUGAGAGAACGUUCCCGUUUAUCUCUGCAAUGGUCGGGAACGGGAGUGUUGCAUAUGAUCAUGAUCGUGAUGGGCGCUCUACUGAUCUUGGCGGCUGCGCUGCUCACGUUCGCAAUGUUGAAUAUGACACAUUUCUCCUGAUCAGAUACAUGAAGAACAGACUCACAGUGAUGACUGAUAUUGAGGGGAAGCAAGAGUGGAAGGACUGCCUGGAUACCCCUGGAGUGAGACUGCCACAAGGUUACUACUUUGGCGCUUCAUCAGCCACUGGAGAUUUAUCAGAUAACCAUGACCUGAUCUCCUUCAAGCUGUAUGAGCUUACAGUGGAACGGAGUCCUGAAGAGGAAGAGGACCAGCAAGAGAUCAUGUUGCCUAGUGUAGACUACCGAAUGGACCCUAAUGUUCUUGUGGAGGAUGAAGGAAGGAGCAUCAUCACCACCUUCUUUCUUUUCAUUGUGUCGGUCGUCGUGCUGGUUGUAGUGGUUGUGGUUAUUCUCUUUCUUUUAAAUCACUAUAAAGAGAACCGCCGCAAACGCUUCUACUGAGAAAAUCGAAAGGCAAGUGACAGGAAGGAAAUGGGACGAAAGAUCCAACAUGAACGUGACUGGCAUUUUUUGCAAUGGACCGCUUCUGGUCCUCACCUCUGCCACCAACAGAAAGGACGUGAAGGCCAGCACUGAACUAAAAGCCAUACCUGACCUCUCCGAGUGGAUAGCAACCACCUCAAUCAUGAUUAUGAUCUCAGAAAACUUUAAGAUUAUUUGAAAGAGUGUGCAUCUGUUUUUGAAGGUUUUGUGUGCGUUUGCUUUAUUUUGUACCAGUUACACUGACCUUGGCCUUUGACCCAGAGGCAGCACGGAGAACUAUGUGUGACAGCAUUUACAGAGACACAAUAGUUUAACUGUUGUAUUCUCAGGUUGUCUGUAAUGCCACUGCAGAAAUCCCAAAAACCUUUGUGUUCUUUCAGUUGGACAGAAAAGAAUGAAAAGAAAAUACGAACAUCACCUUGACCUUUCUUCUGUCACGAUCAUCUCAUCAGCAUUCAGCCAUCAUGUUUUAACUUAAGUAAAAUUAAUAACAUUUGAUUUUCAUCUUUGUGUAAGUAAUGCUGCCCAACUGUACUGUUAUAAACAGACAGUAACAACCAUCAAUGUGAAUAUGAAGAAUGUUUCCCAAAUGUCUGUUUUGUGAUACAUAUAGGUAUUUAAGAUGUCUUUUGAUAUAUGUGAUCCUGUUUUAUCAAAAGCUGCACUGAACUGCUUGAUUAUCUGGAGUUACUUUGGUUUGCCAUGAUUUAACCACUUUAGCUUACAGGUUAUGUUAAGCUUUUAUAUUCCAUGUCUUCAUGGCCUUAUUUGAAUACUAUGUUUAAUAAUCUAAAAGAUGACGACGUGUCUAUUCGUGCGUCUUAAAAUCUUCCGGAAAGAGACAGGCAAUUUGACAGUUCCAGAUUUUUUCAGUAAUUGCACUAUUGCAAAUGUAUGCAAGGUGUUUUGCAUUCGUCCAUGUUCCAGUCUUUCCUAUCACUUGUAGCUGCAGCUCUCUACAGUUGUGCAGCAUUGUUUUAUACUGGGAGAGAUUGCAUUGCUGUUCUCAUCGGCUCAGUGAUUGAGCAAGCUGCUGUAACAAACUGAUAUUUUCAUGGUUGUCACCAACAUGUUUGAAUGUUAAAAAGUCUAAAUUAAACAUUUAAAGAAUCUUA